GAAUCUGUUUGCGUUGUCACAAGUGAUGGCCGAAUCAUUGUGGGUAUAUUGACGGGCUAUGACCAGGUCCAAAAUUUGAUACUGAACGAUGCGCACGAGAGGGUGUACAGUGUAGAUGCCGAUGUGGAGGAGGUACCGCUCGGAUUAUACGUUGUACGAGGAGACAAUGUUUGUUUAGUCGCUGAGGUUGACGAGACGAAGCAAUUAGACUCCCAACGAGUGCCUUUCCCCUUGCCAAGUAUUCAACAACAGCAAUUUUGA